CGCAUCGGAAACGAUACAAGAUCGUCUGCGUGAUGCGUGAGGUGCGCUGCGCAGUGUCCGACAGAGUCUUUUCUCUUUUAAACACGGCAAGAUGUCGAAGAGAGGACGUGGUGGUUCGGCGGGAGCCAAGUUUAGGAUAUCACUCGGUUUGCCAGUCGGUGCGGUUAUAAAUUGCGCCGAUAACACUGGUGCCAAAAAUCUAUAUGUCAUUGCAGUCCAAGGAAUCAAAGGUAGACUAAAUCGUCUGCCAGCUGCAGGUUCAGGGGAUAUGAUUGUUGCUACUGUUAAGAAGGGAAAACCUGAGCUCAGGAAAAAAGUUAUGCCAGCAGUAGUAAUACGGCAGCGGAAACCAUUUCGGAGGAAGGACGGGGUUUUUAUAUACUUUGAGGACAAUGCAGGGGUUAUUGUGAAUAAUAAAGGUGAAAUGAAAGGCUCGGCUAUUACAGGACCAGUUGCAAAAGAAUGCGCGGAUUUGUGGCCCAGGAUCGCAUCUAACGCCAGCAGUAUCGCUUAAACAUUCUGUAUAAAUUUAUCAACCUUAAUACAAUAAAAUUGGGCAUUUGCUCGCUACAUCA